CAUCAGUUUGACUUGAAUGCCCUUUUUUCAUCCUUUGCCUUCUCUCUUUCUGCUUUUGCUUUCCUCGUCAUCAUAAUUUGAUUGUUAUUUAUUUAUUUAUCAUUUUCAUAUUGAAACAAAUAAGAUCUACCUAUUUUAUUUAUAUUAUAUAACGAUUAGAAGCAGUGGCUCUCAUAUUUGGUUAAUCUCUUAUGGUGGUAUUGAAGAGAUGGCUGUGGAGCUGAUGAUGGGUUAUGGGGUUGAUAGUUUUGUAGCGAAAAUGGAAGAGAACGCUGUGAAGGAAGCAGCGUCGGCUGGGAUUCAGAGCGUUGAGAAAUUCAUAAGAUUGAUUUCUCAACAGCAGCAGCAGUAUCAACAACAACAGGCUUCUUCUUCCAGUGCUGAAGCUGGUCCCAUGGAAUAUGGGACUGUUGCAGAUGUGGCUGUCAACAAGUUCAAGAAGGUAAUUUCUCUGCUGGAUAAAGGAAGAACAGGCCACGCUCGCUUCAGAAGGGCUCCAGUGGCUCCUUCUGCUUCUUCUUCUCCUCAGCCAUCCCAUCAACAAUCGUUGAACCAGGACACAGGGCUUUCGGUUCCCCAACACAAUCACCGUAAACCAGAACAACCUUCCUCUGCUUUUAAGGUUUACUGCCCAACACCCGUGGUGCGUUUACCUCCUCUGUCUCUGCCUCUGCCUCUGCCUCUACCUCAGCCUCAUAGUCAUGGCCUCCAAACUCAUCACAACCAACUAAACGCUUCUUCGGCUAUGCUGACCAAAAAUGGUCCUGUUGAGAAAAAGGAUUCCACAAGCACCAUCAAAUUUUCACCUUCGCCGCCGAUAUCGGCUGCCAAUUCGUUUAUGUCUUCGUUAACAGGGGAUACUGAAAGUCUGCAGCCUUCCCUGUCCUCGGGUUUCCAGAUUACGAAUAUGUCUCAGUCAUCCGCUGGUAAACCCCCUCUUUCUUCGUCUUCGUUGAAAAGAAAGUGCAACUCGGUCGAUGAUGCGGCGCUCCACUGUGGCUCGUCUUCUGGGCGAUGCCACUGUUCCAAGAAAAGGAAAUCGAGAGUGAAAAGAGUGAUUAGAGUCCCAGCGAUUAGCAUGAAGAUGGCAGAUAUACCACCAGAUGAUUAUUCAUGGAGAAAGUACGGCCAGAAACCCAUCAAAGGCUCCCCACAUCCAAGGGGCUAUUACAAAUGCAGUAGCCUGAGAGGCUGCCCAGCACGCAAACACGUGGAGCGUGCCUUGGACGAUCCAACGAUGCUGAUUGUAACGUACGAAGGCGACCACAAUCACUCCCACUCUAUCACUGAGGCAGCGGCCGCUCUGAUUCUCGAAUCGUCUUAGUCAAACCAAUCAAGUGGCUUAGAACGUUUUCCCAAUUUAAAUUACAUGCAAUCAUUUUUAGGGCACACAUGGUUAACGAUGGGGCUGGGCACCGUCUUGAAGAAGAUUGGUGGGUAUGCUAGCUGCCUAUGCAUAGAAUUCCUUGUUUUAAUUUUUUAUUUUUGGGGAUAAGGUUUUAGACUCUUUGAUUAGGAAUUAAAAAAGAAAAAAAAAAAAAAAGUAAAAUAUAGGAUAGCGUAGAAAUGAUGGAUUUGGUGGGAGGUCAGUCAUGCUCAGUACUGGUUUCUUUUAGACUUUUUUUUAUUUUGUUUAUUAUAUUCAUUUGUAUUUUACUUUUAUAUAUUUUUCAAAUACAUGAUGGUGGUGGAUGUUGCCGAGGA